AUGAUACAGAAAUGUCAUAAUCAGAGUGAGUUUUUAUUCCACAAUUUGAAACAGCAAAUAUUUUGGAUGUGGGGAAUGUGAAAUAAACUGUAAUUAUACGGGAAAAGUUAAAAAUAUCUUCAAACUAAAAUGUCAAUACAAUUUGAGGUUCAUCAGACAAUAAAAAAUAUUGUUAGGGAAAUAGUAAAAGAGUUUGCCAAACUCCCAAAUAUUGUAGCCGACCAAAAUUUAAUAACAUUUUAUGUAAAACUACUGCUUCACGAUCCAAAUUGGCAAGUUGAAGGUAAAGUUCUGCUUGCAAGAGAAAAAAUUCAAAAGUUUAUAAGAUUCGUUGUCAAUCAAUUCCAACGUGAUAAAGAACCCGACAUAGUGGCUAUUAAAAUACAACAUUCAUUUUCUCAAACGUUUAAGCGGAAACAUGAAAUAGCUAACCAAAGACGAGAAAAUUUGGCAGAACGUCUAGGCCCCCUUAGGGUGGCAAUUUUAGAACGACGUAGGACCGAUACGGAUCUCUCUAACUUAUUUCAUCAAGUCGUAGUGUAUUUUGUACUGUUUUCUGGAAUGGGAGAUCCAACAAUACCAGAAAUAUAUAAACACAACAAAGUUGUCGUUAGCAGCGUGUUAACCAAUGACGAACUGAAAGAAUUUGUUAACAAACCUUAUGUGGUUAGACAGGAAGAACUAUCCACAAUGGUUAAAGUUUGUACUGGUAUAAGAAUUUUUAACAUGAAUUGUAACAGAGGAGAUAAAGGAGUACCAAACUUACCAGAUUUAACGUUUAAUGCGAUAGAUGCUUUAAGUGACAAUUUGGAAUACAUAAUUGGUGGUAUCGCCGGACAAAUAGACAUCUUAUCUGAAGCAAUAUCGAGCUGCUUUGAACCCUUCAUUGCAAAACAACAGGUUUUGCUAAAGAUAGUUUUCCCAGAAAAUAGUAUCUUUGACAGAAAAGACGUCGAGUAUUGUAUCCAUCUUGUACUAGUCUAUAAGCAGUUUCAAGAAGCAAUUCAAUUUCUAGCACAUGACGUCGCAAUACAAAAAAGGGCUUUACUGAAAAUAUAUCAACAAUAUAACGAAAUUAUAGCAGAGCUGAAUAGCACUGUUGUACCAAAUUUUCAUAUACAUGUAGACACGGUAUUUCCACACUUCAUCCAGUUGAGCGAAAUUUGGUCGACCUUUCAAGAUUCAGUAGUUCUCCUCAACAUAUUCAAAAGAGUAGUAAAACAUCUUGAUAAGUUAGUGAAUAAACUGGAAUUCAGUAAUAGCCUCGUUACCCAUUACUUGAACAUAGUCCCUCAAAAAUUUUACGACGAGAGUGGCUUGAACUUGUCGGAUAUAUUUGAAGAUGCUAGUGCCGAUUGCAAGAUUUAUACCAAGCACGAUGUAGAAGUUUUAAGUUGCGAAAGUGGUGGAAAAGUUUUUUAUGAGUAUGAAGGUCAUUGUUGCUGGAGGCUAGUAUUAACAAAUGGGUUUUUGCUAAAAGGAAGUGAAAUGUAUGGUAUUGUUAAUUACAAUUCAAGAUAUUACAUAUUUUCGUCUCCAUUGGCUGUAAAAUGCUUCGCCAAGGAACCAGACUAUUACAUCAACUAUGUACUUCAUCUAGCACGCAAAAGAUGUGGAUUAAUUUUAUAUUUAAAAUUAAGUGAAGACCUAAUAAACGCUAAGAAUAAACUGGACUUAGUUACAAUGGAUAAUGAUCAGACUGUAACCUACGCUGAGCGUGAAUGUCAGUGUGAGCCUGAUAUAGAAGACCAUAUUGACAGAUCUUAUCAUCAUAGCCUAUGGUGGCAUAGAGCACAGGCUUUGCAAGUGGCAAAACUUCAAAGUUGCAAGACAGUAAGCACAAUGACAGAUAAGACUUUCUGUAAGAAUACUUCGCACGUCCAGACCUAUACCAAAAAAGAUAAGCAAGUUACUACCACCUCUAAAAAAUCUACAAAUACACCAACACCUUUAUCUUUUAUCUAUGGUUUAAGAAAUGACAGGGAAGGAAAACGGCAAGCGCACCUAAAUCUAACUUUUUGGGAGUUUAAAUCUGAACUACAAAAAAUUAAUGAAUAAAUAAAUAAAUAGUCAGUAACUAG